AUGUACGGUUGGUCUCUGGGGUUUUCAAGCGGUGUCGGUAUAUACCAUUGUUGGCGCGAUCUUGCGAAGCGGCGGUGUCAAAGCGUGUUGUGGGUCAUCGGUUUCUUGGGUGCAUUAACAUCUGUACGACGCUGGGAUGAUUCUACGCAGUCAUUGGCGCAGGGUCGUUUUCGUUGGUCUCUUCUCCUUUUUUUAUAUUUCCAUUGUAUGAGGAUUUAUACGACGCCCUCGAUUGGGCGUAUCAUUUCUUCCUCGGGAGCUCUAUUCUCCUCAUACAUUACACGCCUCGUUUCUUCGAGGGCAGUGAAUCCUAGGAAUGGAAACGCAACUUGUUAA